GCAGAAUGGUAACCUGAAACUGCAGCAAGAUCGAUUAAGAAACCAUUGGAGACUACAGCAAAGCUUCUGCUAUCUGCAGUCACUGGUACCGAUUUCGGAGACUCGGCUGUUGCAACUCCGGGCCAGCAGGUCUUCCUUGACUACCUCGAACACAAUAUCCAGGCUCUCCCAGCUGCCACCCUCCAGGGAUUGCUUGUCAACUCAGAGUCUAACGCAAGCUUGACUGAUCUGGAUAAGAUGAUGUGUAUGCUGGCUAGACUUGCAGAGCAUGCCAAGGCCAAUAAGUAUUGUAGCAUUGAUACAGCUGUCAGCUAUCUGGUGCAGCGUCAGAUACUUGCGGACGUAUCAAGAAGUCCAGAUACGUAUGCCAGAGCAUGUACUUUGGUUUUCGUAUCGAUGUCAUGGAUUAGCAUGUUGUACUCACCCUCACCUACCAUGCCUGUCUCAACGACAUUGUCGCUUGACGAGCAGCAAUUCGUUGGGCUCAAUCUAGCUGCUAUAGGUCUUGAGCAAGGGAAGAAACCACUGUGCGAAAUGCUACGCCAAUUUGGACAACUUCUCCCAAUUCAAAACCAAUCCACUAAUCAAACAAAUUGGGAUCCCGCGUACAGACCAUCGGAUACACUGCAAGUCUCUUUGCUCAAUGCCUCCACUCUAUGGCGCAUUGGAAGGAUUGAGAUUCAGUGGGUUUCUAACAUAAGCUCUCAUCUCUCAUUUGAUAUCGAGAAACGGCGAUUGCUAAUGUUUCAACUACCGUCAUAUUGUGUGAUCAAUAGGUUCGAGAAGACACUGCUGGAUAGCCUGCUCUCCAGCUACUACGAUGCAUACUCAAAGCCCGAUGGAUUUUCCACUAAAGCCUUACUGGAAGAAAUUCGGCUGUCGUAUAGCCUGGUUUUUGGAGAUGACAGAAGAGCCCGUGAGCACUUCCGACGUGUGGUAGCGAAACGGGCUAUAGUCUCCGGCAACAUUGAUAUAUGCCUCCGCGAUCUGGUUAAACAGUCAGCAGAUACUUCGAGCCGAACGACAGCAUACAGUAUUCAUACUAACUUUCCCAUUCUUGGGCCCCGACUGCUACUUUUGCAAGAGUAUAUCUCUCGACAGGAUCCUGGCACAAUUAAAAUGCUUUGGCAGGAUCGGAGAGACUUGCUUCGCUGGUACACAUUCUGGAUCGUUACUAUAUUCGGUGGAGUUGGACUAUUAUUUGCGCUUGGUCAAUUUGUGCUUCAAGCGAUCCAAGUUUCGCAAGUAGCAUAGGUCGAAUCACGCACUCAAACAUGGAUAGAUGUUAUUAUAGAAAUAAUAUAGACCGUCAGUGGAUUUCCCUACGAAGUAGGCCAGACAGAGGCUUUACAUCCAUGGCAUGGUGGUCGAAUUGUCAAACAGCAGCUACAGUAUGCUCAACUCAUGACGAUUCUUCCGCACCAGAAUCAGUAUCCACCCAGUCCACCUGCACCACAAUCGAGGUCGUUGAUCAUGAAUACCAGCUCAUCUCCAGAAGGAGUUGCUUCCUGGAACUUCAUCCAUGCCUUCCACGGCUGUUCCUUCUCGCUCUCGCUCGGGUAAAGCUCUACAGGGGCUGCCAUAGUAUCGAUGACCUCGUCCGGCUCAGGGCCAGU